AUGGAACAGUAUUUUCCAACUAUUAAUGAAGGAAAAAGGCAUGAGAUACGUUCCACAAUGGGUUCAAAAAUAAAAAUGACCAAGAGUAUGUCUGUAAUCCGAAGCCACAGAUCUAUUCUGAGUGACGGAAUAUUAAUGAAAUCAGGAAUAGGAAAACCAUCAAUUUACCAUGCCUUAGUCAUUAUAUUCUUAGAAUAUUUUGCUUGGAGCUUACUUACUUUACCCGUAAUAUCAAAAUUGAAUAAUACAUUCCAAGAUCAUGCUUUGCUCAUGAAUGGUAUUAUUUGGGGUAUAAAGGGUAUUCUAUCAUUCCUAAGUGCCCCAUUGAUUGGUGCCUUAUCUGAUGUAUGGGGGCGCAAAUUAUUUCUAUUAUUAACUGUAUUUUUCACUUGUAUUCCAAUACCUUUUAUGUGUAUUGAUUCUGGGUGGUUCUUUGCCUUGAUAAGUAUUUCCGGUUUAUUUUCUGUAACAUUUUCAGUUGUAUUUGCUUAUGUAGCAGAUGUAAGUGAUGAGAAAGAAAGGAGUUGCUAUUAUGGCUGGAUAACUGGAACAUUUGGAGCUAGUAUGGUUUUUGGACCAGCCCUUGGUUCAUAUAUUAUGGAAAUUUACAAUACUAGUUUUGUUGUAUUUUUAGCAUCAUUAAUAGCACUUUUAAAUGUAUUUUUCAUAAUUGUUGCUGUUCCUGAAAGUCUACCACAUAAACAACGAACAUCUACUAAUUGUAUAUCUUGGAAAAAAGCGGAUCCAUUUGUUGCUUUGAGAAUGGUUGGUCGAGAUCGAACUAUAUUGAUAUUAUGCUUAACAGUGUUUUUGUCAUAUCUCCCUGAAGCAGGAGAAUACUCUUCAUUGUUUGUUUAUUUGAGACUUGUAAUGGGAUUUAGUAUGUUCAAAGUAUCAAUACUUAUUGCAUUACUAGGACUGUUUUCAGCAGCUAUUCAAUCUGUGCUUGGCAUAAUAAUGAAAAUGAUGGGAGCUAAAUACACAAUAAUGAUUGGUUUGGUAUUUGAAAUCAUGCAACUUAUGUGGUUUGGAUUUGGUUCAGAGACUUGGGUUAUGUGGUCCGCCUGUUUUUUGGCUGCCAUUUCAAGUGUUACAUAUCCUGCUAUUAGUUCGUUUGUUUCCAUUCAUUCAGAUGCAGAUAAGCAAGGUGUGGUUCAAGGAGUGGUGACUGGAGUAAGAGGCCUUUGUGGUGGAUUAGGACCUGCAAUGUUUGGAUUCAUAUUUUAUUUGUUUGAUGUUAAUUUGAAUGAAGGAAUGCAAAUAGCACAUACUACUCAACAUUCACUUAAUAGUUCAGUCAUAAUUAAACAUUUAAAGUACAAUAUAAAUAACGAUCCGUCUUCUUCGAUGAUUCCAGGACCACCAUUUGUCUUUGGUUCACUUCUUGUUAUGUGUGCAUUAUUGGUCUCUGUUUUUAUUCCAGAAAAUGUUCCCAAUGGCUCUGACCAACGUCAUAAACAAAUUGGUUCUUCAACUCAAGUACAGUAUCAAAUUGGACGAAUAAAUGUUCAAUCUUAUCUUUAA